AUGAGUGCAGGUUUUUAUGAUACUAAGGACAAAGCUCGGGAAGCAGCAAAGGAGAUAGCAAAAUCUCUCGGCUUUUUCUUGAUAGUGUCUACAACCAAACGAAAUCCGGGAGAAACGAAUCCGCGGAUAUAUAUGGAUUGCAACCAUGGUUGUAGGAGCAUAACAUAUAUCCCAGAUCCUGAUAAGCCAAGGCGGAAUAAUACGAAGGCAGGCAAGUUGGGUUGCAGAUUCAGAGUGGUAGUACGGGCAAUAUUGGUGGAUGGUUCUUUGAAAUGGAGAAUUGAUGGUGUGAGGGGGUUUCAUAAUCAUAAAUUUGAGCUUUAUUUUGAAGGGAGUAGCCAAAGAAAUAAUCUCACAAAGGAGAAGAAGGAAGACAUCAAGAAAAUGGAGGCAACGAUGACUCAGCCGAAACAAAUGAAGAAGUCUCUGAAUGACACGUAUGAUGCUCACCACAACAUGAAACAAAUUUACAAUGAAAUCGGCAAGAUUCGGCUACAGAGAUUGGGUGGCAUGAAACCCAUGCAGUGGACAUUGGGGGAAGCUCAAAAGCUCGGGUAUUUCAUUGAGUGUGAAUUUGAUAUUGAUCACCAUGUUACUAAUCUCUUCCUUUGCCACCCGGAGUCUCUUGAGAUGUUGAGUGCUUGGUAUUUCGUUGUUCUGAUAGACUCGACAUACAAAACCAACAAGCAUAAGAAGCCAUUGGUUCAGUUGGUUAGUGUUACUCCGGUGCAGAAGAACUUUAACAUUGGGUUUGCAUCUGUGGCAGAUGAAAAAAAAAGAGACAUAUACUUGGGUUUUGUCGCAGCUAAAGAGUGUGUUUGGUGGUAG